CAUAUGUACAUACAUGUAAACGCAUGUAAAGACAAACUCGACGUUUAUCCUGGAUUUCCUCGACACUCACGGGUGUCGCGGCAAGCAACAGCACACGAAUAGCAAGGGCCAAGGGGCAUGGACGACUUUAUCAAGACGCUGAUUGCCGAGGUGAAGUCGCAGGGCGUCUUCGACGAAUUCCGCUUCAACUGCUGCCUGGCGGACGUGGACACGAAGCCCGCCUACCAGAAUGUGCGCACACAGGUGGAGACGGCGGUCAACGAUUUCCUGGCCAAGCAGCAAUGGACGCCCGAGACCAACAAGGUCCAGCUGCGAGAGAGGCUGCGCAAGCACCUUAUGGACUCCGAUGUCCUGGACAAGGGAGUGGACCAAAUCGUGGACCAGGUGGUCAAUCCCAAGGUGGCCACCAUAUUCGAGCCAAAGAUCGAGAGCAUUGUCUACAAGUACCUGGGCAUCACACCACCUGCGCGACCCUCUAUGCUGUCAGCUCCGCCUUUGCCGCCAUUUGGUGGCCACUUGAACGGCAGCAGCCUGCUCAAUGUGGAGACCACGGCUGGGCUGCUGCCCACGGACCUGGAGCAAAUAAGUCCGGACUCCGAUCGGGCUACCGUCAAGUCGGAGUCGAGGGACGACGAACUUCCGCCCGGUGUCGACGACGAGGACACUUCGCCCUCCUACGAGCUAGUGCGCGAGCGGAAAACACUUGCCAUCAAGGAGGAGCUGAACAACGUCUCGUUGAACAACUCGGAUUCGGUGAAUGGCGUCUCACAGGCGUCGCAACUCUCGCAGGUGUCCAGUGACAGCCGCCUGACCAUCGCGUCGUCCGCGGAGUCCAUGGUUGAUGGCCAGCAGCGCACGGCAGCUCACAACAGUGGGGAGCCAGAGAACAUUUGCGAGGAGGCGCAAAUGCCAAAGUUCAGCGAAAACUCUUGGGAUGCUAGUGCGGGUACAGGCCGAAGUGUAGGUCGACAGCUCCACUUCGACAUCAAACAGGAUGCCAUUACCUUCGAAGGUACUGAGCGAAAGAACUCUGUGUCGGAGGAGACCACUAGCACAGGCCUCCAAAUUCUUUCCAUCGAGGAUGAGAUCAUGUCGGAGGUGAAGGCGAACAUAGACGACGCCAACAAUGCCAGUAUUGAGUCUAUUGCACCGGAGACUGCACAAGUGCCAGCACCGCCACAAGUUGAUCCGCCUCCUCCUCCGCCGCCAGCCUCGCCAAAAGUAGAUCCUCCUCCGCCGGCCCCACCAGGAGUUGAGUCGCCGCCAGCGCCCCAACCACCAGCUUCACCUCAUUUCGAUCCACCUCCCCCACCAGCACCACAUGCAGUUGAGCCACCUCCUCCACCACCACCACCAACUGUUGAGCCACCGCCACCACCAGCACCACCAACAGUUGAGCCACCGCCACCACCACCACCAGCACCACCUACAGUUGAACCACCACCACCACCAGCACCACCUAAAGUUCAGCCACCUCCUCCGCCGGCACCAGCUGAAGUUGAACCACCUCCUCCACCGGCACCAGCUGAAGUUGAACCACCUCCUCCUCCAGCACCACCGAAAGUCGAGCUUCCUCCUCCGCCAGCCCCACCAAAAGCUGAGCCACCUUCAACGCCCCGAAGGGCGGAAGGUAGUAAUGGAUCCAUCACAGAGCUGGCCGCGACACCCAAAGCGACGGAAACUCGGGAUAAACUACACAAUUUAUACACGGAAGUCAAAGAAGAUGAACAACCAGCAACAACUGAUGACAAGCAAGAUAAACCCCCAGAGCUUGGACUGGACGCACCGAAAGACGCUGUUAGCACAGCGUCUGAGUCCACGGCGUCGCCAGCAUCCACGUCCUCGCAAUCAAAAAGCCAUUCGAAGUCUAAGGAAAAGGAUCGGCGACACCACAGCCACUCAGAUGACAAACAGCGGCGAAGGAGCAGAGAUCGGGACCGCGAUCGUAGUCGCGACAAAUCCCACAGCAAGCAUUCCUCGAGUUCCAGCUCGAAGCACUCCUCGUCGAACUCCUCCAGCUCGAAACAUAAGAGUAGCAGCUCCAAGAACAAUAAGAGCUCCUCAAGUUCAUCUAGCCGGAGUAAUCGGGAGUCGUCCUCAUCCAAGCGAUCGGGAACCACUUCUUCAUCACGCCACGAAUCCUCCUCACACAAAAAACACAAGUCCAGUUCGUCAUCCUCGCGAUCGGAACGAGACAAAGACAGGGAGAAGGACAAGGAAAGGGAAAAGGACAGUCAAAGUCGCAGCCACCACAGCAGUAGCAGUUCCUCGUCGUCGUCGAGGAGGAAAGAUCACGACCGGGGCCGCGAUCGUGAUCGUAACAAAUCGAACACUUCUGGGAGUGCGGAGAACAAGGCGAUUCACGAUGAUCACAGCGAGAGCAAAGAAAAGUAUAAGCAGCGUCGUGGUUCCGACUCAAACGACGAGGGGAAGCCUCCCAGUUCUGGUGGUCCGGCCAAGAACUCUCAGCCAGAGGAUUCAGCAGCUCCAGUGAAAUCAGAUGCGCCCGUAGAGAAUGGUAACGGCACGAAUGGAAACUCUAACGGCAGCACCAAUGGUGCUUGCGACAGUGCCAGUGGCGUUGUCAUCGUGAGCGACAUCCUGCAGCAAUCGACGAGCAGUUUUGUAGAACUGACCGCAAGAUCCCAAUCAUAUGACAGAGCGGAGAGCAGUAAGCAUGAACCCGAAGAUAUUGACGGAAAAGGGGCGGAUAAUCAGCCGGAAAAACCGGAAUUGGAGGCGAGGCAAGACGAGUGUGCUUCGCAGAAUGAAGUGCCAACUGUAGAACCUCAAACCUCAGCUGACUCCGUUCCUGAUUUGCCAGCCAAGAAGAGCAUGGAUACAUUGGAGGACGAAAAAGUGGAGACCAAUGUCGAAGAGAAUAAACCAGAAGAGGAGAGCAAACCGGAAAAUCCUCCCGAAGAGUGCGUCGACGAACCUGCUCAAGUCGGAGAUGUGGAGGAUCCACCGAAAGAUGCUGACAAACCCGCCACACCAGUCCCAAUCUCGAAUGAGCAAAGCGACGAAUUUAGUGCCGACUUUGUUACCCACUUCGAGGAAAACACAGACGAGUUUAGGACGCGUCUGCAGCUCAUCAAUCAACUGAUAGAGGAUCGAAAGAAUUUGCUAAACAGGUUAAGUGAGGAUGGAUCACAGGAGGAGGCAGUGGAUAUACGUGCUCUGCGACGCAGCCUAUCCAAGCGAAGACGGAGCAGCAUGCAGGAGCAGCAUCGAAUGAUGCGGGAGGCGACACCGCCGCAGCCAAGAAGUCCGAGCAGCAGCAGCACCGCCGGCAGUCCGGCAAAGAGACUGCGACGGGACGAGCCCAAGUCAUCGCCAACGCCAUCUGACGCCAGCAUAAACUCGAAGGAGAACGAGGCAUUGGAGAAGCAGGAGCAUGCAGACGCCCUGUCCGCCAGGCGACUCAGCAAGAAGCUCUGCCAGCAGCAGCGGUACACCAACGAUGAUCUCUACAAGCCCCGUCCAAUCCUGUCGCAGCGCUCUCGUCGCCGGGGCCUGGACUCCAUCCUCUAGCCAACGGACAACCUGUUAUCGGAAACAAUAAAAGGCAAUUGUUGUUAAUGCAUUUGACAUAAAA